AUGGCUAGUGAACCCACUCCAAUUACAUCAACAAAUAUUGAAGAACCACUUGAUUUGAUUCGGCUAAGUUUGGAUGAGAGGAUUUACGUCAAAAUGCGUAACGAUCGAGAGGUGCGUGGUCGACUGCAUGCUUUUGACCAACACCUGAAUAUGAUAUUGUCCCAGGUUGAGGAAACUGUAACAACAAUUGAAUUGGACGAAGAAAAUUUUGAAGAAAUGCAUAAGCAGACAAAACGAAAUAUACCAAUGUUGUUUGUCCGAGGUGACGCUAUAAUUCUAGUCGCUCCGCCAUUGAGGCAUACAUGA